CCGCCUGCGGAGUGGAGGAGUUGAUGUGUCUCAUUAUAACAGCCAAUGCAGCCGCCAUCCACGCGAAGGCAGAGAAGCAUGUCCUAUUUAAAUACACCCACGCAGCCCCGGCGCCCUUAGCCGGUCGGGGCGCUCAGCCCACGCGUGCCGCGGCUGCGGGUUUGGAGACCCGCGCAGGUCGGGCUCCCGGGCCGAGGACGGGCGCGCCGAGCGGCAGAUCCCGCGCGGUGGGCAGGCGGGGAGGCUGGGCCCCGGCGCGGGUGCUACACCCGCCUGAGGACGCGGGUGAAAUAGACCAGGGUGGAAUUUCUUAGGUAGAAGCUUCGGGGCGGUUUUGGUCAGCAAAGGAGGAGACAUGGCCAGCGACUCCCCAGCGCGCAGCCUGGAUGAAAUCGACCUCUCGGCCCUGAGGGAUCCUGCAGGGAUCUUUGAAUUGGUGGAACUUGUUGGAAAUGGAACCUAUGGGCAGGUGUAUAAAGGUCGUCAUGUCAAAACAGGCCAGCUUGCAGCCAUUAAGGUUAUGGAUGUCACAGGGGAUGAAGAGGAAGAAAUCAAACAAGAAAUUAACAUGUUGAAGAAAUAUUCCCAUCACCGGAAUAUUGCUACAUACUAUGGUGCUUUUAUCAAAAAGAACCCUCCGGGCAUGGAUGACCAGCUGUGGUUGGUGAUGGAGUUUUGUGGUGCUGGGUCUGUCACUGACCUGAUCAAGAACACGAAAGGCAACACGUUGAAGGAGGAGUGGAUCGCGUACAUCUGCCGAGAGAUCCUGAGGGGGCUGAGCCACCUGCACCAGCACAAAGUGAUUCAUCGAGACAUCAAGGGGCAGAACGUCCUGCUGACGGAGAACGCGGAGGUUAAACUGGUGGACUUCGGGGUCAGUGCCCAGCUAGACCGGACGGUGGGCAGGAGGAACACCUUCAUUGGAACCCCCUACUGGAUGGCCCCAGAAGUCAUUGCCUGUGAUGAAAACCCAGAUGCCACAUACGAUUUCAAGAGUGACUUGUGGUCCUUGGGAAUCACUGCGAUAGAGAUGGCAGAAGGUGCUCCCCCUCUGUGUGACAUGCACCCCAUGAGAGCCCUCUUCCUCAUCCCCCGGAACCCAGCGCCUCGGCUGAAGUCCAAGAAGUGGUCAAAAAAAUUCCAGUCAUUUAUUGAGAGCUGUUUAGUAAAGAACCAUAGCCAGCGGCCAGCCACAGAGCAGCUGAUGAAGCACCCGUUCAUCCGGGACCAGCCCAACGAGCGACAGGUCCGCAUCCAACUCAAGGACCACAUCGACCGGACCAAGAAGAAGAGAGGAGAGAAAGAUGAGACAGAGUAUGAAUACAGUGGGAGUGAGGAGGAAGAGGAGGAGAAUGACUCGGGCGAGCCCAGCUCCAUCCUGAACCUGCCUGGUGAGUCCACACUGCGCCGGGACUUCCUGCGGCUGCAGCUGGCCAACAAGGAGCGGUCUGAAGCACUGCGGCGGCAGCAGCUGGAACAGCAGCAGCGGGAGAAUGAGGAGCACAAGCGGCAGCUGCUGGCCGAGCGCCAGAAGCGCAUCGAGGAGCAGAAGGAACAGCGGCGGCGGCUGGAGGAGCAACAAAGGCGGGAGAAGGAGCUGCGGAAGCAGCAGGAGCGUGAGCAGCGGCGGCACUACGAGGAGCAGGCGCGGCGGGAGGAGGAGCGGAGGCGCGCGGAGCACGAGCAGGAAUACAUCAGGCGACAGUUAGAGGAGGAGCAGAGGCAGCUGGAGAUUCUGCAGCAGCAGCUUCUGCACGAGCAGGCUCUACUUCUGGAAUAUAAGCGCAAACAGCUGGAAGAGCAAAGACAAGCAGAGAGACUGCAGAGACAGCUGAAGCAGGAGAGAGACUACUUAGUUUCCCUUCAGCACCAACGGCAGGAGCAGAGACCCAUUGAGAAAAAGCCACUGUACCAUUACAAAGAGGGGAUGAGUCCCAGUGAGAAGCCCGCAUGGGCCAAGGAGGUUGAAGAGCGGUCAAGGCUCAACCGGCAGAGCUCGCCGGCCAUGCCUCACAAGGUCGCCAACAGGGUCUCUGACCCCAACCUGCCCCCCAGGUCGGAGUCCUUCAGCAUCAGUGGAGUUCAGCCUGCUCGGACACCCCCCAUGCUCAGGCCGGUGGACCCCCAGAUCCCACAUCUGGUAGCUGUGAAGCCCCAGGGCCCAGCCCUGACCGCGUCCCAGUCGGUGCUCGAGCAGCCCACCAAGGGCCUCUCCGGCUUCCAGGAGGCUCUGGCCGUGACCUCUCACCGUGCUGAGAUGCCUCGACAGAACUCAGACCCCACCUCCGAAAACCCUCCUCUCCCAACUCGCAUUGAAAAGUUUGACCGAAGCUCUUGGUUACGGCAGGAGGAAGAUAUCCCACCAAAGGUGCCUCAAAGAACAACUUCUAUAUCGCCAGCGUUAGCCAGAAAAAAUUCUCCUGGGAAUGGCAGUGCUCUGGGACCCAGGCUAGGAUCUCAGCCCAUCCGAGCAAGCAACCCUGACCUCCGGAGGGCCGAGCCCAUCCUGGACAGCCCCCUGCAGAGGACCAGCAGUGGCAGCUCCUCCAGCUCCAGCACUCCCAGCUCCCAGCCCAGCUCCCAGGGAGGCUCCCAGCCCGGAUCACAAGCAGGGUCCAGCGAACGCACCAGAGUCCGAGCCAACAGCAAGUCAGAGGGAUCGCCUGUGCUCCCCCACGAGCCUGUGAAGGUGAAGCCAGAAGAAUCCAGGGACAUCACCCGGCCCAGCCGACCAGCUAGCUAUAAGAAAGCGAUAGAUGAGGAUCUGACGGCCUUAGCCAAAGAAUUACGAGAACUCCGGAUUGAGGAAACAAACCGCCCCCUGAAGAAGGUGACCGACUACUCCUCUUCCAGUGAGGAGUCCGAGAGCAGUGAGGAAGAGGAAGAGGAAGAGGAGGGGGAGACUGAGACCCAGGACGGGACUGUGGCCGUCAGCGACAUCCCCAGGCUGAUACCGACAGGUGCUCCAGGCAGUGGCGAGCAGUAUAGUGUGGGCAUGGUCGGCACUCACGGGCUGGAGACCCAGCACGCAGACGCCUUCAGCAGCAGCAUUUCAAGAGAAGGGACCUUGAUGAUCAGGGAGACAUCUGGAGAGAAGAAGCGCUCAGGCCACAGUGACAGCAAUGGCCACGUCAACCUCCCAGACCUGGUGCAGCAGAGCCACUCCCCUGCGGGAACCCCGACCGAGGGGCUGGGGCGCAUCUCUACCCACCCCCAGGAGAUGGACUCUGGGACGGAAUACGGCCUGGGGAGCAGCACCAAAGCCUCCUUCACCCCCUUCGUGGACCCCAGAGUGUACCAGACAUCUCCCACUGAUGAAGAUGAAGAGGACGAGGAGUCAGCAGCUGCAGGAACCAAGAGGUGUCCAGGGACCCUAGGAAAAGCUGUUCCUCAGCGGUCUCUGAACUUCCCACAUAUCUCCCAAAAGCAAUUUCUGGCUCUGUUCACAAGCGAACUUCUUAGGCAAGAGCAGGCCAAACUCAACGAAGCCAGGAAGAUUUCAGUGGUGAAUGUGAACCCGACCAACAUCCGGCCUCACAGUGACACCCCUGAGAUCAGGAAGUAUAAGAAGCGGUUCAACUCGGAGAUUCUGUGUGCGGCCCUGUGGGGUGUGAACCUCCUGGUGGGAACCGAGAAUGGCCUCAUGCUAUUGGACCGCAGCGGGCAAGGCAAAGUCUAUAAUCUGAUCAACCGGAGGCGAUUCCAGCAGAUGGAUGUGCUGGAGGGGCUGAACGUGCUAGUGACAAUUUCAGGAAAGAAGAACAAGUUGCGGGUGUACUAUCUCUCGUGGCUGAGGAACAGGAUCCUGCACAACGACCCCGAGGUGGAGAAGAAGCAGGGCUGGGUCACCGUGGGGGACCUGGAAGGCUGCGUCCACUACAAAGUUGUUAAAUAUGAAAGGAUCAAGUUUUUGGUGAUUGCCUUGAAGAACGCUGUGGAGAUCUAUGCCUGGGCUCCUAAACCAUAUCAUAAGUUUAUGGCAUUUAAGUCCUUUGCAGACCUCCAGCACAAGCCUCUGCUGGUCGACCUCACCGUGGAAGAGGGGCAGAGACUGAAGGUCAUUUUCGGCUCACACACUGGUUUCCACGUGAUCGAUGUUGAUUCAGGAAACUCCUAUGACAUCUAUAUACCAUCUCACAUUCAGGGCAACAUCACCCCUCACGCUAUUGUCAUCCUGCCUAAAACGGACGGCAUGGAGAUGCUGGUGUGCUAUGAGGAUGAGGGUGUGUACGUGAGCACCUACGGCCGGAUCACGAAGGACGUGGUGCUCCAGUGGGGAGAAAUGCCCACGUCUGUGGCCUACAUUCAUUCCAAUCAGAUAAUGGGCUGGGGCGAGAAAGCUAUUGAGAUCCGGUCAGUGGAAACAGGACAUUUGGAUGGAGUAUUUAUGCAUAAGCGAGCUCAAAGGUUAAAGUUUCUAUGUGAAAGAAAUGAUAAGGUAAAUCCGUUUCAACGUUUGCAUUGUGUUUGCAUUUUAAGAGACCACCAGGUACCUGUGAAACCUUCAUUUUCCUUUAUACUGAUUUGAAUCACCUCUUGUGUUAAAGUUAAUACUCUCUUGAAAUGGCAUUAUUUGGUUUGAUCAUGUGAACAUUCAAGAUAUAUUAUUCACAUAUCAAAAAGAUAUAAAAACAUCUAGAAAUUUCUUGUAAACUCUUCGUAAUUUUUGUGGCCUGCAGGCCUUAUGGUGACGGGGCAGGUGCCCAGUUCUGCUGACUGAGGGCAGCAGGCUCGUCUCUCAUCACCUCCCAGCGCCCACUUUAGACUUCCACUUGUAGACUUUCACAAACUCACUUUCGAAACUUAACGCAUCACCUUAUAUUCACCUUUUAAAUGUGAAAUAUUUGCCAUGUAGAAGCAUAAGCUUUUUAAAAACGUCACCCAUUCCUUCAGGAACAAUCACAAACUCAGUAGUGCCAUGUCCUUUGUCAGUCCAGCCAUGUUUCUUCUGAAGUGUCCUAGGAGACUAUUCUCAGUGAAUCGCUGUAUCCAUCCGGCAUGCUCGGUCCUGCACAGGUAUCCUGCGACAGCACUGCCGCUGGCCGCCCUCCCAGUAGAGGGAGCCCAGGGGCAGCAGCUGGGCUGCCUGCAGCUGUGACUCGUCCUCCGUGACUGUGGCCAGCACAGAAACGGUGCCCUCAGAGCCCAGACACAAGCUCAUGUAGGAGAGGGGCAGUGGCUCAGCCGCUGUGACCCCCUUGCCCAACCCAGUGUCCCGAAGGCCAGCCUGGGCAUGUGACCUAGACUAGACCCUGGCUGACUGGCUGGCCCAGUGUGGUCUGGAUAAACAGCAGACUGGGUUGCUGCUUCCAGGGUGGGAGAGAGUGUGCCAGAAGAUAGGCUUAGCCCAGGCAAGCUCCUGAACCCACUGGGAUCACAGGAGAGAUCUGGGCAGGGACACCCACCCUGCAGCCUGUCCCAGAUGGUGCCCACACCUCAGGAGUGGGCUGACACCAGCCUGAGUCAGGGGACUAGAUUUGAAGCACAGGGCGCAUGCCCUGGAGACAGAAGCAGCCCCCUCCCUCUCUGUGCCCCUGUUCUGACCCAUGAGCCUAAGUGUGGCUUUGCUUCCACACACAGCAUUAGCUCCCUGACAAGCACAUUCACAGAGGUUCCAAGGAGUUGUGGGAAUGAUGUAGCAGAGACUUCACACUAAUGACCAAAGCGUGAGCCUCAGACCAAAGUGAGGAACUGCCCACUGAGGGCCCGGCCCAGUGUAUUUCCUGGGUGUGGCAGUUCCUUUACAUUCCCUUCCUGUGAGCAGCAACCCAAAUUGUGCUCACUUCUCUCUGCAGUUGGAUAAAAUGAUUUAACAAACUCAAGGCCUAAUGGGCUGUGAUUCUACUUGUUAAUGCUAUAUCUCCUUUGACCUGGGGUGUGCUGUCAACAGAGAGGCUGCACUUACCUUUGAAAUGCCCGAUUACACGGGCAUUACACACCUUACCCUAUCUGACCACAAUCAUUAAAAAAAUCUUAAUUUUAAAUUUUAAAAAGUGAAAACUAAAGUUCUAUACCAGUCAGAAUUCCCCUUGGUUUUGGGAAUUUGAAAGGAUUCUCUUCUGUCCUGAAGUUCAUUUUCUUGUCACUUGUGGGAGAAAGAAGGGGACCUCUGUGCCUAUAGAUGCUAGCAAAGGUCCCUGGGCCAGAAAUCUAGCAUGUUCCCUUAGUGAGAAACUCCCUUUCACAAUGUAAGCCCUAGAGGGACACCAGAGGCCAAGACCACAAUCAGUGACCGUGAUGUAGAGUGGUCGUGUGCGCAGGACGGAUCACAGCAGGAGGCACUUUGCUAACACGAGCCACCGAGUGCUAAGAGCUGACACAUGGCAAGGAUAGGACGUGAGAGCAGUGGAUGGACAGUUGAAGAAGAGCGGGGAGAGGGCCUUGCGGUUGAACUAACUUCUUUUUAAUUUCAAACAGGUGUUUUUUGCAUCCGUGCGAUCUGGAGGAAGUAGCCAAGUGUUUUUCAUGACCCUCAACAGAAAUUCCAUGAUGAACUGGUAACAGAAGAGCACUUGGCACUUAUCUUCAUGGCGUUGUCUCUAAUUUAAACGAACAUAACUCACGUGGACGUAUGCCAGCCUAGAGGCAGGAUCGGAAGGCCUGGUCGAGCGUCCUGCGUCCCCUCUCCCCUUCCUCCCUCCCAACACAGCCCAGCCUCAAUGUUGCAGCCCAGUUGAGAAGCAGAGAGAGGUGGAUGGACUGUCCAGGAGGUCCCAGAGUGCUGCCUGGUCUCUGGACAGAGCUGGACCAUGGGCCCUUUGGGUUAGGGACGGAAACAAGCAUUGUGUGCUUCUAUGGUUAAGCUGUGUUGUAGUGAGUUUUGGGUUUUUUACCUUUUUUCUUUACCCCUUUACUCUGUAAGAAUGGGGAGAGAAUGUGUCCUGAGACAGGAGUCUGUUUUUGGUUCUGUCUGCCUGCUAACUUUAAGUGUUGUAAAAUCCCCAACAUCCAGGGGUCAGAGACAGCACGGUAAAUGUACCUUCCUCCUCACACUGAAGGCCACGCUGCAGUGGGUAAUUUAAGAGUUCUCUUGCCUUCACCAACUCAGAAGGUUGCUUUUUGAUGGCAACUGGCUAAUGAAUUUUUAAAAGAGAAGAAGAAUACUGGUUUCCCCUCUUUGGGGAAAUAGCUUUUACAUGGCUAAACUACUAGCCUUAGUCUAAUAAUCCCAACUACCACCUGAGGAGUCUGACGGGCCAUGUAUUAAUACGGCCCUUUCCAGGAUGGAGUGUGCAAGGGACAGCAGAGCCGCUAGUGGGUCAGUCCAAAUCGAGGAACUCUGUGACGCAACUUCCCUCAGCUGCUGGGCGGCAGAUCGGGGCAAAAGGCGGGAAGGCAGGUGGUUCAGACAGAGACAGCGUGUGUGUCCCAUGUCUGAGUGCACAGAGCCCCCCUGGGCUUCCUGAGGACUGAGACUUUGCUGAGCUCUUUCUGGGAACUGGGGAGCUGAGUGACAUCCAGGUUCCGACACUCCCAGCUCUCUCCAGACACAGGGUGCCACUUUCUCAAGCUGAAAACUGUGACUGAAAAAAAAUUGAUAACACGUGUUUCUGAGCUGCCUGUGUUCUCCCUGGGUGGGUGAGAGAAGGGACCAGGCUCCCAUGCCUGCCUCGGACACAGCAGCCAAAGAACUUAACACGAGACUUUGGCCAAAAUUCUGAGAACCCUGGUCACUUUACCUUCCUCCAAAUUACCCAACAUACAGUAAACAACAUUUGUGUAGAGAUAUGUAUGUAUUUAGUUCAGGUUGACUUGUGUCCUUAUAAACUCUUACUCGAAUGAUUUGAACUUU